AUGGCGGGACCGUUGGAGAGUUUGUCUCAUAUGUUUCCUUUUACUGCAACUGAUUCAGCAACCAUAGAGGAAAUAUUUACGGUUAGGUUAACUUAUAGCAAGUCUAAGGCGAAGUGUAUGUAUCUGUAUAACGCAAACAAUGGAAUCGACAUAGAAAAACCUCAUCCAUUAGAUGUUAAGAAUUAG